AUGAGACAGUGCAUUUGUCAGAUCUGUAUCUGUGGACGUCAUCGAUGCGAGCACAAAGGUCAUAGACGAACUCCUUUUGCCAAAGAUGAUAUUCCUCUGGAGAAGACAACAGAGAAUAAGGAUCGAUUCCGCCCAUUCGGAUUACAACCUCGAAGAAAACCAGCAAAACCACCUCAAGAUGCUCCUUGGAAAGGCACCGAACCCACCAUCCACGAAACCACCACCCGCAAAGAUUAUAUUCCAUGGCCUUUCCAAAAGCGGGCUCUUAUGUUUCGACCCGAGGUUCGACAAAAGCCGAAGGGGAAAAUGGCCGAUACUACCACUUAUGGAAAAGAUUUUAAACCCAAAAGGGGUGAAAAGGUUCAACCAAAGAAGAUAGCAUCUGGUGCUAAAGCUGGGGUCAUGCCAGGCACUGGUUCCGGAAAGAUUGAGGGUUCAACAACUUAUGGAAAAGCUUACGUCCCAAAGCCUUGCUCUAAGAGGGAAGCAGCAGCGGCUAAGGGUUGCACCCUCACAGAACUUGGAAAACCGUUUUCAGGCGUAACAGAGACCAAGCUUCAGUAUCAGGCACCACCUCAGAGUAAAAGGGAGCCUGCUAGUCCCCUGAAAGGUCAGCUAAAGAUGGAAGGUGACAUGGACUGCACAACGAGCCAUAGAAGAGAUUACACACCAUAUGUCUACCAACCACCUGUCAAACCGAUCAAAAAGAAGAGUAAGAGCUGGAGCCCCGGAGGAGAUGGAACUUUCAAAGGAGAGACUACUCAUUCCCAUGAUUACAAGUGUCCACCCCCGACGAAGCGAGUAGAAGCGACGCUCCCCAAGCAUGGAACUCAAGGCUUUAGAGGCGACUUCGAAGGAAUAUCUCACUACAAACAUGAUUUCCCACCGCAUGAAGUUAUUCCACACUCUUUACCACCAUGGCAUCCUACUUAUCGCCCUCAUACCGCACCAUCAGCUCCUAUGCAGGGUACCACGACUUACAGAAGGGACUAUGAAGCCCCUCCUGAUUCCACAGAACCUACCAAGCACCGAGAAGUGAAGAAUAAUUUGACAUUGGCAAGUGGACCCAUGGAGAAAUAUACGACGCACAUGAGAGAUUUCCCUCGAAAGGACAUAACUGAUCCCAUUCGGUCCUGUAAGCCUGAUACUAAAUAUCGAAAACCAGAAGGCAAAUUUGCCGGUUUAUCUAUAACUGCUGGUGAUUUUACUCCCAAACAACUCUCCGAAACGCGUGCUUUUGAGAAACAACCGGACAACUUGAAACCAGGAAAGGGGGCUAUGGAAGACCUCACUACAACGAUGGAGGAUUUUCGCUGGAUGUGCCUGGACUGUCCGGCUGCUUACCUGAAAAAGUACGGCAAGGACGCUCUCGAACCCACAUGGAACUACGAAAAAUAUGAGAAGGGGCAUGAAAUCUACCGGAAAAAGAGGAAAAAAGACAAAAAGAAGUUACACAAUAAGUCAGAUAUGCAGAACAAAGACAUGCGGUGCAAUAAGAAAGAAGCAAAUUGCGAAGAGCAUCAAACGCUAGUAACUGUUAGCUGA